GCAGAAAAAGGAGAACAGAACUGGACAUAUUCUCUGGAAGGAAAAGGUAGACCGGAAAUGCCCAUGGGCGGGAAAAGGUGGACCGGAAGUGAUGAGGAGAGCGGGCGCUUUCCCUGAGGUGACGGAGCCAGCCGGCUGUUUGCAGGAAAUAAAUAUUAAUAUGGAGAAUGAAUUCAACUCCAAGUCAUCAUCAUCUGCCCCUACUCUUCAGAGUUCUUCAGAGACAGUUUUUUCUAUUCAACUGUUAGAUUUCAAAACAAGUUUACUGGAAGCAUUAGAAGAAUUGCGUAUGAGAAGGGAAGCAGAAGUUCAAUAUGAAGAGCAGAUUGGGAAAAUUAUUAUGGAAACACAAGAACUUAAAUGGCAAAAGGAAACUCUUCAGAAUCAAAAGGAAGCAUUAGUAAAGCAACACAAAGAAGCAUCGGAAGUUUUUAAAAAGCAGUUGCAAAUGAAGAUGUAUGCCUUGGAAGAAGAAAAGGGAAAAUAUCAGCUUGCUACAGAAAUAAAAGAAAAAGAAAUAGAAGGAUUGAAGGAAACAUUAAAAGAGCUACAGGUUUCUAAAUACUCUUUACAGAAGAAAGUAAGUGAAAUGGAACAAAAGGUCCAGUUCCAUCUUCUGGCUAAAGAAGAUUAUCAUAAGCAACUGAAUGAAAUUGAAAAAUACUAUGCUACAAUAACAAAUCAAUUUGGAUUGGUAAAAGAGAAUCAUGUAAAGUUAGAACAAAAUGUACAAGAAGCAAUACAAUUAAACAAAAGACUUUCAGCUUUAAAUACAAAACAAGAAUCUGAAAUAAGCAGUUUAAAGAAGGAUCUAAAAAAAGCAGCUUCAGACUUGAUUAAGGCCAAGGUCAUAUGUCAAUAUAAGAUGCGAGAAGAAAAUGCCAAUCUAACAAUUAAAGAACAAAAAUUUGAAGAACUUCAAGAAAGACUCAAUAUGGAAUUGGAACUAAAUAAGAAGAUUAAUGAAGAGAUUAUCCACAUUCAAGAAGAGAAACACGAGAUCAUCACUUCUUUUCAACAUAUGCAGCAGUUACUUCAACAACAAAUUCAAGCCAAUACUGAAAUGGACGCAGAAUUGAAAAUGCUAAAAGAAAACAAUCAGAUCCUUGAAAGAGAUAAUGAGCUGCAAAGGGAGAAGGUUGAAGAACUUAAUAGAGAAAUUAAUGAGAUUAGAGAUGAAUUUUCAUCCCUUAAAGAAACUCAUAUUAAGUUACGAGAACAACACAACAAAGUAUGCAGUCAGAAAAAGCUUGAAGAAGACGAAAAAUUUCAGAAUGUUCCAGAAAUAAAUAAUGAAAACCAUGAAAUAACUGAAAACUCAGGAAAGGCCACCAUACAGAAAUUUAAUUCUGGGAUAGAAGGAAAGGAAGAAAACACUAAGGGUUUUUGUUCUGAUACUGAAUACACAGAAAAGGACGGAAUGAAACAAAGUCUGCCUACAGAAGUCAUUGUGGAAGACGUUCAGCAUUGUGAGAAAAGCUUUAAGAUCAAAACUGAUGCAAACAGACCUCAGGAUAAAGGCCAGCAUGGACUCUACCUAAGCGAGCCCCCCCAUCUAGGUAAAGACACAAUCAGCCAACAAACUGGGAGUGUUACUGACCCCAGAAAACCUGCUGCUAUGGAAACAGAAGACAAGCUGCACUUGGAAAAAGGCAAUGGAUGCACAGAAUUUAAAUUACCAAAUAAUCCAUUUUUAGUGGAAGGAACUGAAGGGUCAGGCCCUCACCAUGCAGAUGUAGGCCUGGAGAGCAAAGAUCAGAGACCCUCACCUGACAGCACCGUAAGCGAGACAGCUCACAGCAGAGAUCAUGACAGAGAUGUUUCUGAAAACAAACCAUUCGAACAGCAAUUCAGAUCAUGUCUGGGGACAGAGAGGGUAAUUACCAACCGAAGCAAAGCCGGCUUGGGUUCAUCUCUAGAUGCAAAGAUGAAUCCUGUUCAGUGUGAGAAAUACAGUUUACAGGACUCAAGUAAUGCCAGCGUAAGUGGUAAACAGUCUAAGACAGAGCAAACACAACUGUCAAAUAAAAUCAGCGAGUGUAGUAUAAUGCCUUUUAAACCAACCUCAAGUUUUCAGCAAGUAUGGAAUGAUACUCCCAAGAAGCCUGAACUAGCUCUUCCCUGUGACGCAGUCAACCAACCCAUGACACAAGCUGCGUCUGCUGAGAAUUCAAAAGUGCUUAUGAAUUCAGAUAAUAAUAUCAGCAUUAUGCCCAUGUUGGUGACACACAACUCCCAUCCUGGGGAAAGUACUGUAUGGAAAGAUAUGAAGGAUACACAGAACAGCCAAUUUAAGAACUGUCUGGGAUGUCUAGGAAAGAGUGUGACCACUUCCCCUCUUCAGAUUAACAGUGAAAACAGUCAGGCUUCAGCAGACACAGAUGUGAAAACUGCUCUUAUGAAAACUUCCACAGAAGUACAGUUUUGCAACAAGAGGAAGAUCGAUGCAAGUCAGAUAACUGAAGCCACAAAAAACAACUGCUUCCUUUUUGUGAAUGUUAAUGAAAGACAGCCUGCAUUGUUAAAUAAUACAGAGAGAACAGAGUCAUUAAAUGACAUCGUUUCAGGAAAAAUGUACAGUGAAGGUCAGUGGGUAGAAUCACAUUCAUUCCACAUAAAGCCAUCUGGAGAUUUAGUAAAGAGAAGUGGAAGGGCAUCCUUUGAUCUUCCUACUUCAGAUAGAAAAGCUGAGAAAAUGCCAGCAUACAUCAAUUUUCUAGACCCUGGUCCUUGGCCAAAAGUAAAUCAAACUGCAGGUCAAACAGUGAGCACUUCAACUUCUAGCACUGCUUUGCUGCUGAGAGAGAGACCAGCAAGUCUGUCGGAAAACACAAAGACCAUUUCGGUGGCUCUCUGUAAAAAUGCUGGUGUGGAUGUCAGAAGGGAUGCUGGGCCAGAUGCCAUCGGUAUCACCAGAACUGCUGAUGCUCCAAGUAACCAGAGCGUGCGUCCAGACCCCGAGAGAACGCCUAGUGAGGAGAGGAACGCAACUGCAAGGACAGUUCAUGAUUCUUCUUUUCCCACAGAACACGUGAAAGCAGAGCCUCGGGUUCCCACUGUGCUACGUAGUCAUUUUCAGGCCAUCCAGAUUGAAAAUCCUCCUAAUCUGGCUGCCACUUCUCACGAAGACGGGCAGAGCCUUGUGACAGACCAAGUUGCUGAAAUUGAAAAGUACCCAAGCUUAGAAAAUGACAACCAGGCUAAAAUAAGAAAAGUGGAAGAGAUGCUGGGAAAAACAACAGAUUGACUGACAAAUGCGGUGAA